AGCCAUAUGCCCAAUUUGACCUGAUACGCCAUCCACUAUGGAUCAAACCGUUGCAUACCAUACAGUCACAACUCACAAGUCACAACAAUACCCUUAAAUUGCCCGUAUAAAUGCUUAACCUCCUUCUCAUUUUCAGCCAUAUGCCCAAUUGCCCAUUUCUUAGUUCAACGCAAACUCUCUCUCUCUCUCUCUCUCUACCUAGCUCUCUUGCAAAACUACAUAAACCACCCUCAGCUUCUUCUUCAUCCCCCGAUUAGUAACCAAAGUUCCUAUCCAGCAAAGAUGAGGUACUGGCCAACGACGGCAGCAGAAGCAGCAAUCUCCCAGCUUUCCGCACCACCACCACCACCGCCGGCAGCUCCCGUCGCCGCCACCGACAACAUACCGGCCACGGACGCGAACGACGGCACCGAUGACGCGUCAACCACGAUCCUGAUCAUCUGCCUCUCCAUGGUCGUCACCGGCGUCGCCCUCCACACCGCCAUCCGCUUGUUCCUCGAGAAGUACCGGGCGAACCGCCAGAGGAGCUGGGAGCGGGAGAAGGCCGCGGAGCUGAGCGCCGCCGUCGCGUCGGUGACCUCCACGGUGGCGCACGGGGGCGGCGAUGCGGCGGCAGAAUGUGCGAUUUGCUUGGCGGAGUUCGAGGAAGGGGAGGAGAUCAAGGUCCCGGGGAACUGCCGGCACGGGUUCCACGGCCGGUGUAUCGAGCGGUGGUUCGCCGCUUCUUGGAGCUCGUCGUGCCCGACUUGCCGCCGGUCGAGCCUGCCCCCGACGACGACGCUCCCGCCGGCAGUGGUCUCCUCGCCUAUCACCGCCGGCGGCGGUGGGUGAAUUAGUGGUUAUUUAUUUAUAGAUGAUGACAUUAAGGUUCGAACUCAGGAGGCAAUAGGUAGGUAAUUAUAUUUGUUCUUUUUCCAUCUUUUAUGUGACAUAUUUUGUAGUCUAUUACUUACCCAAGUGGGAAGAUCAAUAAAGGUGGGGUUUUUUUUGUUAGGAAAUGCUAGAUGAGAUUUGAAAUAUGUUCUAGUUAUAAGAAAAUAACUUUAAAAUA